GGAACAGAGACAGAUAUCGCGUUCUUAGCAAUUACAUUUAUCAUUUAAAAUAACGAAGAUGUUAUAUAAGUAAUGCACAUCAGGCAUAAAUUUAAAUAGUCAUGAUACUGUUUUCUUUAGACUAUCUCAGUUAAUGGAUGACAAAGCUAAGUCCACACCCUAGUAAUUUGUAUGCUCAAGAAGAGUAUACUCAAUUUACAAAUUCUGCAAAGUAGGCAGCUACAUAAUGUUCUAAAGUGAAACUGAGUGCUCAAUCUAAUUUAAGCUCCACCAAUUCAAUUUGAUACCACUGAGGAAAAUGUAACAGGUCAAUGAAUGGUCAUUGAAGAUCAGGAAGGAAAUGAGAGUUGUUGACAGGCAAAUAAGAGAUAUCCAAAGAGAAGAAGAGAAAGUAAAACGGUCUGUGAAAGAUGCAGCCAAGAAGGGCCAAAAGGAUGUCUGUGUGGUUCUGGCCAAGGAGAUGAUCAGGUCAAGGAAGGCUGUGAGCAAGCUCUAUGCAUCCAAAGCACACAUGAACUCGGUGCUCAUGGGGAUGAAGAACCAGCUUGCGGUCCUAAGAGUAGCUGGUUCCCUGCAAAAGAGCACAGAAGUGAUGAAGGCCAUGCAGAGUCUUGUGAAGAUCCCAGAAAUCCAGGCCACCAUGCGGGAGCUGUCCAAAGAGAUGAUGAAGGCUGGAAUCAUAGAGGAAAUGUUAGAGGACACAUUUGAAAGCAUGGAUGACCAGGAAGAAAUGGAAGAAGCAGCAGAAAUGGAGAUCGACAGAAUCCUCUUUGAAAUCACAGCAGGAGCUCUGGGCAAAGCACCCAGUAAAGUAACCGACGCCCUUCCUGAGCCUGAACCUAUCGGAGCGAUGGCUGCCUCAGAAGAGGGAGAGGAUGAGGAGGAUGAAGAGGACCUGGAGGCCAUGCAGUCCCGGCUGGCCACACUCCGAAGCUAGGGCCACCCAGUUGUGGCCUCAGCUCUGUGGUGCCCUCGUCUAGGUGUGGGCACAGCCUCUGGGGAGUCCUCGUUUCCUGUAUCUCUUGCACUACACCUCUGUUGUGAAGCAUUGCAUUUUGGAGAGGGUUCUUUGCUAGUAUAUCUUCACUGUUUGCAGAGGUCUUAAGGACUGUUUUUAUGAAGGUGGUGUAAUCAAAUGCAUUAUUUUCAAGAUCAUAAAUAGCAGAAGUAUCUUUCUUGGGGGAGGGCAAAGAAACCCAUUUUCUCAUGAAGCAGUUCCUAGAAGAGUCAAUUGAAUGUUGAGGACUCUCUACUGGUGUGUAUGUGUAAAAUACUACGUAAAUGGAUGUCAAUAAACUUCUACUUUAGCUCUUGG